AUGCCAGCUGGUCGCUCGUCAGCAUUGACUCGUGCUUGGAAAUUAGCAGGGGAUCCAUAUGCUGCUCUUGCAACCGCUGUUCAAUCUGCUGGUGAUCGAGCAAGUGCUGUUGAAAAGGUGCUCAAUGACAACAGAAAAGUAUUUACAGAGGAUGGGGCGGUAGGACUUAUCACACGAAUAGUGAAGGAACUUAGAGAAAAGGCAGUCCUUUCUGUAGCAAAGUCUUUUUCGUCUAUACCACUCUCUGAUUUGGCCGCUCGAGCAUAUCUUGACACCGACACAGCAGUCGAGAUCAUGGAAACACUCUUCAAGCGUGGAAAGCUAUUAGCAGAGGUUUCCAUAAGUGAGGGUAUUGUUCGACUUGAAAUCGUUCCAGAGAAAAUAAACAACUACGAUGUCGUUUCUAAACUAGAAAGGCUGAACGUAUUACGGCAAGAGAUGGAAAGAAUGGAUGCAGUUGCUCAGUUGCACCCUGCUCUCUUGCAAAGGUGCAUGAAAACCACUGCACUAUUGCCUUAUUGCUUCCCAACAAACGAAGAUGAAGGCCUCGGAAUGAGCAGCAGUCCUUUGGAAUACUAA